CCAACUUAGGUAAACAGAAUUCUGAGGAAUCGGAGCAGACCAUCAGAGAGAUGGCUAAAAGAUUAGGGUCGACGCUCUUCGUUAGCAGUACUAACUUCCACUCUCAAAGUCAUGUAUUUCGGGUUCCUUAUGAAACCAUAAUUUGACCCUUUGCUUUGUGGGUUAGGAUUAUCAUCAUUCACCAGCAAGGAAAAACUCAGGCAGAUGUUUUCACCUUUUGGAGAUGUUACAGAAGGUAUAUCUAAUACCCAGAACUAUCUAUUGCCAAAUUAUUGUUUCUUCAUCUUAAUUCUGGAAAUUUGUGAGCAAUGGUUUUACCUUUGUGUUUUGUUAUCUUCCAAUUCAGCUAGGUUAGUGAUAGACCCUAACACCCAAAGGCCUAAAGGUUUUGGUUUUGUGACAUACAAGUCUGAGGUUGAGGCACAGAAGGCUAUCAAGGUCAUGGAUGGCAGGAUGGUUGAUGGGAGGCUGCUUUUUGUUGAAGUUGCACAUCCUGAGGAUACAAGCUCUCUAUAGUCAUUAUGUUGUUCGUUAGGUGUUCUUCUUUGCCACUUGUUCCGAAUUUCAUAGAUUAGUAUGAUGUACUCAAACUGUAAAAGCUCUUUGAUCUUCUAUAAUAUAACUCUGAAUUCACAGCAGCAACAUUUCCUCAGUUUUUAGUCUUUCUUUUAAGGCACGAGUGAACUUCUGUUGGAGGACAUUUUUUCCUACUGAAGUUAACAGAGCGUUUGCUCAUGUACAGUGCAUUGUUCUCUACCUAUCUCAUCGGAACUAGA